UUGGCGUAGGAAACUGCAAAGACUUCACGCAACCGUUCUUAAAUUCCUUCCGCAACCGCCGCAUCAGUAGAAAAUAGAAAAUAUCGGUUUAAAACGGAGGCAUUUUGCUUUGGCGCCAAAACGGAAGGUGAAAACUGAAAACUGAUGGAAGAAGACUUCGACGUAGCCUUCGAGCUCCAGGUGGAGGAAGCCCUCACGGCGUCCCUUCUCGACAACGUCGACGCCGUUACGUCGCCAACCGCCAGUUCUCUCCCCUACGAUGCCGUCUUCGGCGCCGCUCUCUCGAAUCUCCUUCAGAACGACCAUCUCUACAAGUACGAGAAGGAGGUCCUGGACGAGUACAACGCCGAGGUGGAGAUGAAGCGUUGGCGGCUUGAUAUCAGCCGUCAGAUCCAUGAUCGGACGCUCGCCUGUGAGAUUCUGAAACUCUCGGAGGAGGAUUGGGUCGAGAUGGGGGAUUGUUGUAACAGGCCGUACAGGAAGGGCGCCUCGCUCAAGGACCGAGGCUGGUUUAGGCUUUAUGUCAAGGGUUUGGUGGAGGGGAUGGUGGGUGCUAUUGGCGUCGCCGUAGUCGAUGGGAAUGAUGGGUUGGUGUUUGAGCUGAGUAAGGGUUUCAGUGGGAGAGAGCACGAAAUGAAUGAAGAUUUAAUUGAGUUGAAAGCUCUGACUGAAGGGCUUGAUGUUGCCGUAACGCUGGAUUUGGGGAAGACUGUUAUUGUUACAGAUAAUCCUAUACUCUAUGAAUAUGUGCAGAUUGUUGGCCUAAAUCCACCAGUUGCGACAAAUGUUGCUGCAUUACUUGGCCAGAUAAAUCUUCUCCAGAGAAAACUUAAUCAACCUCAUGUAUAUCUUGCGCCCAGUGGGGAGAUUAAGUUUGCUUUUGAACUCUCGAGGAAGGCAAUUGCUUUACAGGUCAAUCGUUCGGCAGGAAAUAGCAAUGCAGAGAAUACGACUGAGUGCUGUACUAUUUGCUUGGAAGAUACAUAUGUGGAUCAAAUGUACCUAAUUAGCGGUUGUCAACAUUGCUACUGCUUUUCAUGUAUGUCAAAACACGUCCAGAUUAAGUUGCUUCAGGGGAUUCUACCCAAAUGCCCGUAUGAUAAAUGCAAUUCCGAUCUGAAACCUGACAGCUGCCAAAAGUUUUUGACUCCUGAAUUAUUUGACAUAAUGAGCCUACGCGUGAAGGAAGCAUCUAUUCCCCCAGCAGAGAGGAUUUAUUGCCCAUAUCCAAGGUGUUCUACUUUGUUUUCUAUAACUGAGCUUCAAGGAUCAAUGGAUAAUACAAAUGAUGAGCUUGAAAUUGAGAAAAAGUGCCCCAGAUGCAAUGGCAUGUUUUGCAUCAAUUGUAAAGUCCCCUGGCAUAGUAAUAUGAGUUGUGAUGAUUUUAAAAGGCUAAAUCCCUACCCAUUCGAUGAAUACAACAAACUAAAGUCUUUGGCUGCUCAGAAUCUCUGGCGUCAGUGUUCAAACUGCAAUCAUAUGGUUUCACUUGCUGAAGGAUGCAACCACAUUUAUUGCAGAUGUGGAUAUCAGUUUUGCUAUGCCUGUGGAACAGAAUUGGGAGCACAGCAGGAAACCUGCGAUUGUACCCAGGAUGAAGAGAAUCACGUUGAUGAUGAGCAAAACUGAGGCGGGAAACAUGAGUGUAAAUCAAGGCGUCUG